AGGAUGAAAGUGGAAGCAGAGAAAUGGAUUCCAGAGAGAGGAGCGGAGACGAGGGCGGUGUUAAGAGAGAGGAAAGAGACUCAAGCAUAACUGGAGUUCUGAACCCAACAGCGUGUCUCCAUUUGGGUGACGUUAUACUGUUUACUGUCGACGCACAUCACUACCCCCAGUAUGACGUUGAAAACCUGUACAACUCAAACGGCGACUUUGACUGGGGUGCGUUCAGACAGCUAAAAGAAGAGCUGACGCUGUCUUGGACCCCUCCUGACUUCUUUUCAGUGGUCUUUAACCAGCCUGGAGCCUACGUUUUUACUCUGAGCAGCCAUCAACACAAGCACAUGUAUGUGCGAGUGAUGCCUGCAGGUGGCCAGUGUUACGAGCACGGCCCCUUCUUCCCCACCAUCCCCCGUCAUGUGACCAGGGUGGGAAUCAGUAGGAGACGCAACCUCCUACUCCGGCCAGAUUGGCUGGUGACCGGAGGAUUGCUGUUUGGAUCUGUGAUCAUCCUGUGUUUAUGUGUUACGUUGCUGAUCCUUUUCCGGGAAUAUGGAUGGCCGGAGAAGGAGCCAAUCAAAGCACAUUAUCGGCUGUUGCAGUUGGCCUAUCGAAUGGAUGACUACUCAUCGAAGGGUUCAAGGGUGAUCUCACUUAGGAGGAUUCACCGAAACCAACAAGUCAGAAUGAUGCAAGACUCCAUUCAACCAGUCUGCACAGAGAGCUUGGAGGAGUUCUGGGAUUACGAGCACCAAGUGGAUCUGGAGGCAUUCAGCAGCAACACCUUCUACAGCCUUCUGCUCAAGCAGAGUCUGUCUGUCACUACACGGCUGGGACAGCUCACCACUGAGGUGAAGGAGCUAUACCAGGGAGUGCUUGGGAAACUGCAGUUACUCCACCCACGCCUGAUCACAGACGAGAAGGUGGGGGAGGGUUACGAGAGGUUGAGGAGGGAGAUGGAGAGAGAGGUGGUGCGGCGAAAGUCUUUGGCUUCCCAGCUGAGGACCCUACUCGACAAUCAGCUGCAGAUUCUGAGGCGAGAGCAGCAGGCCCAGCAGAGAGUCCACAGUGGGUUCAUGUCCCAGCUCAGAGAGUGCACCAGACAUCUGUCCAAGGUUUACAACAGUAAUCAGCCCUCCUAUGAACUGCUCCAGCAAGUUUUGAUCCAGAGGCUAACAUCCCUAGUGGAGGAGAUGGGAGAGUUGGUGUCAGCAGAGUGCCAGCGUCAGGGGGCCUGGGGUUUGUUGGGUGAGGGGACAGGGGCCAAGCUGCUCUGCCCUGACACUGGAACUGUCCUGAGCAAAGAAGACAUCUUUGGUGAGUAA